GCGUCCUGUUGGUUAUCUGGGCUCAUCUGGCUAAAAAGACACGUCAACAGCGCCUCCAUCUUAGAUAGGUCCAUUUCAUUGACUUUAGUUACAUUAAAUAUUCUUGGAAAAUGCCGGUACAAUGCGCAGCGUAUGGGUGUAAGAAUCGUCGCAACGCAAAUCUAAGAAAACAAGGGGUCACUUUCCACAGGUUUCCCACUGAUGCUAAACUGAGGAAAAUUUGGGAGACUGCUCUCAGAAAAGAGGGGUUUUCAGCCACUCCUCAUUCAGUUCUGUGCAGCCAGCAUUUCACAGAGGAUGCCAUUGACAGAACUGGGCAGAUUGUUCGCCUGCGUGAAGGAGCUGUCCCAUCAGUUUUUAAUUUCCCGGCACACCUUCAGAAAAAACCCAUUAAACCAAGAAAGACUGCAACAUCACAAAAGGCUGCUGCUCCUUAUGAAGUAGUGGUGGUGAAAGCAGACAGCAAUACCAACAGAGAAAAACCAGAAACUCUGGUUUGUGAUGAGCACUCGUAUGCACUGGAUCCUUCACCGAACAGGGUGAAAGACAGAUUGGCGCAGGCCCUGGCAAACAUGGAGCGCCUCCAGCGUCAACUCCGCAAUGCCAAGGACAGAGAGAGGAGAUGCAAGACAACACUAAAGAGUGCCUUGGAUGACCUAAAAGAGAGAAAUCUCCUCACCGAUGAACUUCAUCAAAGACUGGACUUGUAUUCGAGUCUUUAGAAGUCACUAGCUCUUGCUAACUUCGCUAAAAUUGCACAGUGCAGCUUUAAAAGGGUAUGAAAUUUUUCAUAUUGGGCACAAAAGGAACGGGGUAUGUCAGUGAACUUGUUCAUUCUAAACAAAUCAUUUUGUUUAAAUGCUCUGUGCAUGCCAUUCCUUUUGGAUUUUUUCUUGUGGGCCCUCUGUGUUUAACUAUUACCCCAGUACGUGUACUGGAACCGGGCGUUACCUUGGAUCCCUCACCAGAUUUUUCUCUGCCACGAUAUACAGAAAGACUGUGUGUGAUCAUUAUGUAAAAUAGCUUGAGCCUGUAAAUAUUGCCUUGUUUUUGCAAAUAAAUGUA